UUUUACAAAUAUAUAUGUAUUGUUUGAAAUGACAAAUUUUCAAAUAAAAAAUAAAUAUUUUGAAAAACAUCCUAAAAUUUACAAAGGAGUAUAACAAUAUUUUGUGAACGAGAAAUAAAGUUAAAGUAAAUGCCAUUCUAUGGGGUAGAGAUGUAAAUUGGCAUUGAAUUGGGAGAGAGAAAGAGCGAGAGAUCCUACGGCUCUGCUAAGCCUCGCUCGACUCCAUCGCCUUUAUCGCUUCUCUUUUUCUCCGCCUUUUCCCCCUUCUUGCCUGUACUCUAAGCUCGGCUCCGAUCCGGCUAAGAUCCAGCUCCCACCAUUUUCUCUCCUGUUCGAUCUCCCUCCUUUCUGCUUUGCAAACCCACACAGACUGACAGACUUACAGUCAGUAUGCAUCUUUGCCUUUUGAAACAUAGUUAGAUGUAGGACAUUCAAAUCUCUCAUGUUUUGAUUUUGCUGAUUGAAGUUUGCUUAGGUCGAGAGUGAAGCCCCAAAAAAAGUUGUUGGCGCUUUCUUGACUUUUCAUGCAGUUUGGGGCAGGUGUAGUUGGUGACAAAUCUGGAGUCUUGAUGGAUUGGAACGUAAGCACUGAAUACAAAAAUUUAAAAGAUAUGGAACCAAAAUCUGUGAUGGAUGUGGCACUCAUUCCAAACAUGGAACCAAUAGAUGUUACACCAGGUACCUCUGACAAAGGAAACAAUUCAACAAAACCAAGAAAGAAGACCAUGACUUCAGUUUACCUCAAAUUCUUUGAAACAACACCCGAUGGCAAGAAUCGUAAGUGCAAAUUUUGUGGACAAAUCUAUUCAAUUUCUACAGCCACAGGCAAUUUGGGGAGACACCUCAGCAAUCGUCAUCCAGGGUAUGAUAAGUUAGAUGAUAGCAUCUCCACCCCAGGCUCACAAGCAAUAAUUGUCAUCAAGAAGCCUCAAACCCAACCCAAAACAUCUCACAUUGAACCCGAACAUCUCAACUGGCUCCUCAUAAAAUGGCUCAUUUUAGCAUCUUUGCCACCUUCCACAUUCGAAGAAAAAUGGCUAUCCAACUCCUUUAAAUUCCUCAGUCCACCUGUCCAAAUCUGGCCCACCGAAAAAUUCCAAGCAGUACUCCACGAAGUUUUCAGAAGCAUGCGCGACGACAUACGGUGCAUGUUAGAAAACGUCUCUUCGAAAGUAUCGAUAACCCUAGAUUUUUGGACUUCGUAUCAACAGAUUUUUUACAUGAGUGUUACUUGUCAAUGGAUUGACGAGUCUUGGUCUUUCCGGAAGUUUCUUUUAGAUAUAUCUCGGGUUCCUUCACCUUGUGGAAGUGCAGAGAUAUAUCACACGCUAAUCAAAGUGUUGAAGUUUUAUAACUUGGAAACUAGGGUUCUUUCGUGUACUCAUGAUAAUAGUACGAAUGCUGUUCUUGCAUGUCAUACUCUUAAAGAGGAUCUCGAUAGCCAAAAAGCCAACCCGUUUUGCUACGUUCCUUGUGCUGCUCGGACUUUGAAUUCUAUUAUAGAUGACAGUUUGCGAUCGACCAAAUUAGUGAUUUCAAAGAUUCGGGAGUUUGCAUUGGAGAUGAAUUCAUCAUCUGAGAUGAUGGAGGAAUUUAUUCAGUUUACAACAACUUAUCAAGAAGGGAAUUGGAAGUUUCCACUUGAUGUUUCUUCCCGAUGGAGUGGCACUUACCAAAUGCUUGAUAUUGUUCGUAAGGCAGGUAGAUCUAUGGAAACUUUAAUUCGAAAGUAUGAAGAAACACAUGGUCGAUUACUGUUAAAUUCAGCUGAGAAAAACGCAAUCAAUAUCAUGCAUUCGUAUCUCGAGCCUUUCUACAAGACCACAAACGACAUAUGCACGAAUCGCCUACCAACUCUCGGACUCGUUCUCUUCUUCAUGGACCACAUUUCCGAGACCAUAACCGCCUGCCGAGAGUCCUGCCACACCCCCGAUUGGCUGAAAAACGCGGCGGUUGACAUGGCGGCAAAAGUCCGAAGCUACAACGAUCAGGUCUCGAAUAUUUUCACAUACAUGACCGCGAUUCUCGAUCCCCGAAUCAAAAUCGAACUCAUUCCCGAAAGUCUUAAUUUAGAAAACUAUCUCGAAGAAGCAAGGAGCCAUUUCGUGAGAAAUUACUCAACUACCCAUUUCGCGUCUGUCACGGUGGCGUAUGGGAGUAAUCAAGAAUUAGAGGAUGGAGGAGGGGUAAAUGUGUCUUUUGCGGAGGAAAUUGCGCGGAAAAGACGGAGGGCGAGUAUGGGGACGGCAACGGAUGAAUUGACACAGUAUUUGUCGGAACCGCCGGCUCCGAUUCCGAUCGAUGUGUUGGAGUGGUGGAAGGUGAACAGCGGUCGGUAUCCGCGGUUGUCGGUGAUGGCGCGUGAUUUCUUGGCGGUGCAGGCGGCGGCGGUGGUGCCGGAGGAUUUGUUUUGUAGUAAAGGGGAUGAGGUGGAGAGGCAAAAGGUGUCGCUUCCGUAUUCGAGUAUGCAAGCGAUUCUUUGUGUUAGGUCGUGGACGGAAAGUGGGAUGAAGUUGAAAUAUAAGUCGACGGAGAUUGAUUAUGAGAGGCUGAUGGAGUUGGUAGAGAAUGGGGGUGGUGGUUUUGAGAAGAAACAGAAAUGAGAUUGAUGGAAGGAAGGGGUAGGAUUGUAAUUUGGAGAGGGGUUUGAGUUUGUUUGUGUGUUGGUGUAUAUUUAGGUCUUGUAGUUUGUUGAUGUACAGAUUACAGUGGAUAAUGAUUCUAACCCAUUUGUUACCAUUUGCCUUUUACAA